UUCUUUCUUCCAUUCUUCGCUUUAAUCCACUUUACAACUAAGUAGACCUUCAAUUCAUGAGUUUCCAUUAGUUCUCCAAUAUGUUCUCUCAUUUCUUAAAUCGCGAAACUGAUCACGAGACUCUGAAAUCUGAUCAGUGUACUUCAAGAUCUCUCUUUCUCUGUACGUCAGUUCACUUCUCUUAUGUUUCUUCAAUGCAUGUCAUCUAUUUCUUGUGCGUUAUUCAACAUAGCUGCAGGAGUCCCAGCUUUUGAAAGUUAAAGUUCAUAAUCCAUCACCUUCUGUAUUGAUUUUCUUGUAACUCCUCAUAUGCAUGGAAUUUCACUAGAGUUUACUUGUCAUACACGAUUACACGUACUUGUUGCGAGUUUGCCAAUUAUGGGGUCUAUAGAUGUUGAUAGCCCAACAACAUGGGUGCCUUAUAUGAACAAUCAAGAUUGUUCACAAAAGAUUUGCAACUUAUACUGUCCCCAGUGGUGUAACUAUGUCGUCCUCCCUUCUCCUCCACCGCCUGUAGGGUUUUCUGACAAUGAUACAGAUGGUGCCAACCUCUCGCCUCUUGUGAUCGUAAUAAUUGGUGUUUUUGGGAGUGUGUGCCUUUUGAUUAGUUACUAUGUUAUAAUCUCCCGACUUUGUAUUGUAAACAAUGAUUCAUCUGAACCUUUGAGAAGGAGAGGCGUUCAGAAUCAAGAAACCCUGGAGUUGGAAAUGGUUGAGGAUGAUUAUAACAUUGAAGACCAUUUCAAUAUUGGUCCUUGGCAUGAUCCCGACAAGGGUUUGGAUGAUGGUAUGAUCAAUUCGAUUAAGGUUUGCAGAUACAAGAAAGGAGAUGGAUUGGUUUCAUGCACUGAUUGUUCGGUUUGUUUAGGAGAAUUUCAAGAAGACGAGAAUCUUAGACUUUUGCCCAAAUGCAGCCAUGCUUUUCAUGUUUAUUGCAUCGAUACUUGGCUUACAAGUCAUUCAAAUUGUCCGUUAUGUCGAGCUAAUGUAAAUUGUUUCGAUAGUACCAUAUCAUAUGUUUUAUCUCCUCCUCCACCACCACCACCACCACCACCACCACCACCACCGCCACUAUCACUCCCACCACCACCACCGCCUCCACCUCCACCUCCACCUCCACCUCAAUCUGAGGUGAUUGUCUCAAGGAGGGUUCAAAGGGAUAUAGCAGAAGGAGAUGCUGUAAUUGAGAUAAGAGAAGAGGAUGGUCAAAGGGAAGUAAGAAGAUCAGUAUCUAUGGGUUAUUUGUACCAAACCCGGAUAGCAAUGGCUGACAUUUUGUUCGUUAAUCAACAAGAUGAAAUGGAAUUGGAAAUAUGCCAAUUUGGAGAAGGUGUUGGAUCAUCAAAACAUGUUUUGAAACCAGAACAAUGUAGAUUUGGAUACGAAGAUGGAUCAUCAAAACGAGUGUUGAAUGAAAAUAGCAUAUAUUUGAAUUGUGGUGAUGUUAAUCAUGAUAAGAUGAAAAGAUCUUUUUCUAGUGGGAGGCACUUAUUCAUUAGAGGAUGGAAAGGGAAGACCUUAAGAGUUUCAGGUUUGCCUACGUAGGGUUUAAGUCCUCAAUUGAAAGACUUCAAAAUUUGAAGGAUUGAUUUUUGUGAGAUUACUUAUUUAAGUUA